AUGUGCACCCGCCGGCUGGCGGAGCGAUGCAGGGACUGGAGGGUGGACCGAGAGGACACACUCGCCGACCAUCGACGCAUCAGAUUUAGUAUUAAGGGCUGUGCCAAAUCGCAGCAGGACCGCCUGCGCAGAAACCCAAGGGCCACCGACUGGGACUCCUUUGAGAGGAACUUGAAGGAAAGGCUCGGGGUACGACGCGUAAGGCCCUGCAGGGAGGACAGGUUGGAGGACGAGGUGCAAAGAGUCCACGUUGCCCUAACCGAGUCCUUCAAGAUGGCAUGCCCGGCUAGACGAUGCAGGGAAGGAAACAAAGUGCCUUGUUGGAGUCGUGAGUUGGACAGGCUGAGAAGCCAGUCCAGGAGACUCGGGAACGGAGCGCACAAAUCGAAGAGAGCCGAAGACUGGACUCUGUACAGAAAUGUGCAGAGGGAGUACAAGAGGCUCAUAAAACGAUCAAAGGAGCUCACCUGGAGGACAUACUGGUCUUCUCGGGGGGGCCCUGCACAAAGGCUGGGUGAAAUCACGCUGACAAGCGGAGAGACCAUCGCAGAACCGCGAGAGGUCCUGGAGCAUCUGGUUCGCGCGCAGUGUCCGGACUCUACUAUAGAGCAUCCUGGAGAGUGCCCGGAAGUGGACUGGAAGCGAACAGGAAGCGGCGAUCCCGAUUGGGAGCUAGCCGCAAGAAUAGUAACGUUGGACAGGCUGCGGUGGGCGGUAGACUCCUUCGAAAUGUGGCGGGAAGUCAGGGUUGUCUUUAUCCCCAAACCGGGUAAAUGCAGCUACGACAACGCGAAGGCCUACAGACCAAUCAGCCUGAGCUCCUUCUUGUUGAAGACGCUGGAGAGGCUGGUCGACAGGCAUAUUAAGGAGGGGGUACUGAGGACUAACUAG